GACGGAUCUUACGUCCACAUCAGCACCGCACAUCUCAGGAGACAUUUCCCAGAUGCAGCCUGAUCCUUGGAAUCAUCCAUGGGGCCUUGUCUCCUCAUAACCCGUGUUAGUGAUGCGGCGAUGAGAUUCUUACCCCCUGAUUAACUAUAGCCCAACUUCUAUAAACUAUUCCAACAAAUGGGGCCUGUUCAUUCAAAUGUCAACGGUUACCAUCUGGUAUAAAUGCUCUUCCACUCUCAUACUCAAUUCAUCCAUCCAUUCAAAACGUGUGUUCUCUUUGCAUCCUACUAUUAAUCCAUGGAUAUCUCUAUGGAGCCAGAGGUGAAGGACAUGGCUCUUGACGAAACCAAAUUCGAUCUCCCUGUCGAUUCUGAGCACAAGGCGAAAACCCUAAAACUCUUCUCUUUCGCAAACCCUCACAUGCGAACAUUCCACCUCUCCUGGAUCUCUUUCUUCACCUGCUUCGUCUCCACCUUUGCCGCCGCCCCCAUGAUCCCCAUCAUCCGUGACAACAUCAACCUGACAAAGGCCGACAUAGGCAAUGCAGGUGUAGCCUCCGUCUCUGGCUCCAUUUUCUCCCGUCUUGUCAUGGGUGCAGUCUGCGACAUUUUGGGUCCUCGCUACGCCUGCGCAUUCCUCGUCAUGCUCAUCGCACCUGCGGUUUUCUGCAUGUCUUUGAUAUCCUCGGCGGAAGGAUAUAUUGCAGUGAGAUUCAUGAUUGGAUUCUCGCUGGCGACGUUUGUGUCGUGCCAGUACUGGAUGAGCACGAUGUUCAAUAGCAAGAUUAUUGGCAUCGCUAACGGGACGGCGGCCGGAUGGGGGAAUAUGGGGGGAGGAGCUACGCAGUUGCUGAUGCCGUUGGUGUAUGAUUUGAUAAGAAAGAUAGGGGCGACUCCGUUCAUUGCUUGGAGGAUCGCCUUCUUUAUUCCAGGAUGCAUGCACGUCAUAAUGGGACUCCUGGUUCUCACAAUGGGCCAGGAUUUGCCUGAUGGAAACCUUGGCAAACUCAAAAAACAGGGAGACGUCAACAGAGACAAGUUCUCCAAGGUUCUGUUGCACGCGGUGACCAACUACCGAACAUGGAUCUUUGUCCUUCUCUACGGAUACUGCAUGGGCGUCGAGCUCACCACCGACAACGUCAUCCACGAGUACUACUACGACCACUUCCACCUCGACCUCAAGACCUCCGGUUACAUCGCCGCAUCCUUCGGCAUGGCCAACAUCAUCGCCCGCCCCUUCGGUGGGUUUGUCUCCGACUUCAGCACCAAGCGCUUUGGCAUGCGCGCUCGUUUAUGGAACGUCUGGAUCUUACAGACCGCUGGCGGUGCUUUCUGCAUGUGGCUCGGCCAAGCCAAGUCCCUCCCCGUCUCUAUCUUCGCUAUGAUUUGCUUCUCGGUCUGUGCUCAGGCAGCUUGUGGCGCGAUAUUUGGCGUUAUCCCCUUCGUCUCUCGACGAUCUCUUGGAAUUGUGUCAGGGAUGACCGGAGCCGGAGGAAAUUUCGGCGCUGGGCUAACACAAAUUAUGUUCUUCACUAGCUCACAGUACUCGGCGGGCACAGGGCUUACUCUGAUGGGGAUAAUGAUAAUGGCGUGCACGUUGCCUGUUGCUUUCGUGCAUUUUCCGCAGUGGGGGAGCAUGUUCUUGCCGGCGUCGAAGAGUGUGACUGAAGAGGAUUACUAUGGCUGGGAGUGGAGCGAAGAGGAGAAGCAGAAGGGCUUGCAUGCUGCGUCCAUGAAGUUUGCCGAUAACAGUCGGUCGGAGAGGGGACGGCGCGCCCCAAUCGCCUCGGUCCCGACGCCGCCAAAUGCAACGCCGGUGCACGUUUAGGGAUCACAAAUGGGAAUCACGAAUAAGACUGAGAACACAUUGAGCUUCUUAUGUUAUUAGCUGAAAAAGAGGAAGAGAGUCAAAUAGCGAGGAGAUGAGCGUGAUUGUGAGUAGGAUAGGAUUUUUUUUUCCCCUUUUUUUAAAUGGAGGAAAUCUUUCCAUUUGAGCUAUAACAAUUAUUUCCCAACUGUUGAAGAAAUUUGGGAUCCUACGUGUUUGCCUCCUCACCUGCAGGCUGCAGCAUUCUUACUAGGUUUUCACAAAGCCGAAAUCUUACUAAGUUUUCACAAAGCCGUAGCCUCCUGUCACCACAGAAGGCGACUCCGAUUACCUCCAGAUUGAGAACUGAGAGAGUCCAAGCCCGGUUGUAGCUUUGGCGAUCACACACUGCUGCCGUUCAAUGUAUGUCGAUGUGGCUCUGUACAAACUGGUCCAGAGAAGGUGAAAUCAACGGUUUCAUACCCUCGUUUCCUCUUCGCCAUACCGUCGCCUGGAUUUGUGCUAAUUGAUAAUUCUUCUCUACCUGUAUUUAGAUCGUCUUUCUAGCUUUAAACGUCGGGCGUUUUCUUCACAUAUGAGCAUCUGCCUGUGUUAAUUGGCUGAACUUUGUGGUGUUCACUUCAGCUUAUCUUAACAUUAUCCAUUGAGUAAAGAGGUCCUUCGCCUGGCUCGUGUACUGUUUUAUUAUUGCACAUCUUCAGAAUCUUGUUAGGACGUAACUAUAU